GCGAGGCCGGUUUUUCCUCCUCGCCGCCGCUGGCCCGGCCUGCCGGGGAGGGAGGCGGCGUUCGCCUCAGCCCACACAGGCCCGGGCGGGGGAAGGCACAAGAGGCGGCAGAAGAGGCCCGGCCCGGCCCGGCUGGCUCACGGCGGCGGCGGCGACCGGGAGGAGGGAAAGGCGCCCUCCGAGGGACCAGGGCAAGGCGGCUGCGCGCCAAGAAUGAGGCCGGGGAGCGGCGGCAGCGGCAGUCAGAGGCCGGCUGAGGUUGGGUGGCUGAAAAUAUACUAAUUUGUCCAGCGGGAGGUUCAAGCUUUUGACUGAAAGUUCCAUCAUGGCUAAAGAACUGCAGGAUCUUCAGAAACGGUGGCACUCCAUGAUGAAAACCAUACACAGCAAUUCACGUGUUGUUGCUUUUAUGAACUCCCAGCUUGGCCAGUACUUAGACAGCCAUCCCUUUGUCGCCUUGUCCCUGCUGGUGUUCUUGGCGGUGUCCGCAGUGCCUGUUGCGUUCUUUCUGAUUUUCGCAGUCUCCACAACUGUCAUUGCCUGCAUUGGCGUGAUCAUCGUAGAAGGUUUUGUAGUGUCGCUGGGAGGCAUCACCCUGCUUUGUGUGCUCGGUGGACUGGGUUUGGUGUCUCUGGCAGUAUCUGGUGUGCUGAGCAUUAGCUAUGUGGCACUUACAACCGUGCUCAAGUGCUGGUCUGCUGCAAACGCUCGGUCAAAGAAAGAAGUAGCUAAUGGAAUCAGCUCGCUACGGAGCAGCUCUCCUGCCUCAGAUGAGCCUGCCACUAAUAAGGGUGAAUAAAUUGAACCAGUUCUCAGAACCCUUCAUCCAGCAGAGCUUACAGCAUAUAUUUUUGAAGGCACCAUUGCAUUCUUGAAACGUUUGCUUGUCUGAAUGGCGAAGGCUCCGUUCAUUGUAUACAGGAGCAAAAAUAAAUAAAUCCAUCAUUAAAUUUGUUGUCACGUUAAGGCUGCUCAGACGUGCCUGUUUGUUUUCUCCAGGUUUAUCUCCCAUGUAGGUCAAGGGAUGUCAUGUGUCAAGACAGGAGCGGGGUUUGGUUGCAUAAACUCAGAGGUGAAAGGUCUUCUACUAACAAGGUGUUCACAGUCAAUAGCGCGAAAGGGUAACAGUUCUUUCAUUUUGAAUGUGCAAAACCACUUUCAAGCCUUAAAUUUCUUUCAACAUCUUUUUGUUGAAAAACGAAGCCUGGGCCAUGUUUAAUAGAUAGCUGGAAAUGGAGUUAAAAGAUGGCAUUUCUCCUUAUCAUUGUGUUUGUGUGUGUGUUUUAAUGGCUCUUGUGAAUGUUGUGUGUUUCAGUUUAUUUGGCAGUGAUAUCUUUUCUUUUUGCCCCCUUUUUUCUCUCAUGAAGGCUGGUGCAAGAUGCAGGGGUGGUGGGUGUUGCACACUGCCAGAUGGUUAAGUUUUGUGCCUUAUGGUACCUUGUGUGUUUUAAAAUAUCUGUAUUUGGGGUCAGGUUUUUUCACGUUUUUUUAAAAAAUACUGUUGUUUUUCUUUUUGCAUAACUGGGAAUGCUGUUCUCAGAUACUCUUGGUCAUUAAA